AUGCUUAAACGCUUCUCGGCACGCAAAAAUGGCAUCACCAAACAGACGUUUGCACGAGCUAGUCGCAACUAUCGGAGCUAUAACCGUUACUUGUACGGCAGAUACGUAAGACGUGUUCAGGACAAUCUGCGAAGAAAUCCUAAACAGUACUGGAAUUUUGUAAACACUAAGCGAAAUGAAAGCGGCCUUCCAUCUACCAUGCGCAUGGAAGAUCAAUCUGCCUCCACCGCAGAAGCCAAAUGCGAACUAUUUGCUGCACGAUUUGCGAGUGUUUUUCAGGCAUCAACUGCGUCUCCAUCGGAUGUUGAAACUGCGACAAGGUCCCUGCUUGUGGACGCAUUCGACAUUGAUAUUUUCGAUGUUAGUCAGACGAUGGUGGAGAAUGCACUGAAGAAGCUGAAAUCAUCUGUAUCACCUGGACCAGACGGUAUUCCUGCGUGCAUAUUGAAAAAAUGUAGUGGCAUGUUGAUUACACCUCUGCAAGCUAUAUUCAACCUCUCUCUUCGAAGCCAGCAGUUUCCAAUCGCUUGGAAGAUGUCAUACAUUCAGCCUAUCUUCAAGAAAGGCAGUAAAGUGGAUGUGUCGAACUAUCGUGGAAUAACUUUGUUGUCUGCCGGAUCCAAAUGA